GUUUACCUUUUAUGGCUAGAGCCGGGCAACUGACGCAGUAUAAAAAACAAGCGCCCACAGCUAACGGAUUCACUCUGAGCGCCGUCACACACAGCUUGUGCGGGAUAUCAUUUGCCUGAAACCGGUUCCCUUAAAGCGAAAAGCCCCCCACCCAAAGUUCAGCCAUGGAAGAUGAAAUCGCCGCACUGGUUGUUGACAACGGAUCCGGUAUGUGCAAAGCCGGAUUCGCCGGAGACGACGCCCCUCGUGCUGUCUUCCCCUCCAUCGUUGGUCGCCCCAGGCAUCAGGGAGUGAUGGUGGGUAUGGGCCAGAAGGACAGCUACGUUGGUGAUGAAGCCCAGAGCAAGAGAGGUAUCCUGACCCUGAAGUACCCCAUUGAGCACGGUAUUGUGACCAACUGGGAUGACAUGGAGAAGAUCUGGCAUCACACCUUCUACAACGAGCUGAGAGUUGCCCCUGAGGAGCACCCUGUCCUGCUCACAGAGGCCCCCCUGAACCCCAAAGCCAACAGGGAGAAGAUGACCCAGAUCAUGUUCGAGACCUUCAACACCCCCGCCAUGUACGUUGCCAUCCAGGCUGUGCUGUCCCUGUAUGCCUCUGGUCGUACCACCGGUAUCGUCAUGGACUCCGGUGAUGGUGUGACCCACACAGUGCCCAUCUACGAGGGCUACGCUCUGCCCCACGCCAUCCUGCGUCUGGACUUGGCCGGCCGCGACCUCACAGACUACCUCAUGAAGAUCCUGACAGAGCGUGGUUACUCCUUCACCACCACAGCCGAGAGGGAAAUUGUGCGUGACAUCAAGGAGAAGCUGUGCUACGUUGCCCUGGACUUCGAGCAGGAGAUGGGUACCGCUGCCUCCUCCUCCUCCCUGGAGAAGAGCUAUGAGCUGCCUGACGGACAGGUCAUCACCAUCGGCAAUGAGAGGUUCCGUUGCCCAGAGGCCCUCUUCCAGCCUUCCUUCCUUGGUAUGGAGUCCUGCGGAAUCCACGAGACCACCUACAACAGCAUCAUGAAGUGCGACGUCGACAUCCGUAAGGACCUGUACGCCAACACCGUGCUGUCUGGAGGUACCACUAUGUACCCCGGCAUCGCUGACAGGAUGCAGAAGGAGAUCACAGCCCUGGCCCCAUCCACCAUGAAGAUCAAGAUCAUUGCCCCACCUGAGCGUAAAUACUCUGUCUGGAUUGGAGGCUCCAUCCUGGCCUCCCUGUCCACCUUCCAGCAGAUGUGGAUCAGCAAGCAGGAGUACGAUGAGUCCGGCCCCUCCAUUGUCCACCGCAAAUGCUUCUAAACAGACUGUUCCUCCUCCCCUUCCCCAACCAAACGCCCAACAACUUCAGCUCUGUGCAAAACAACCACACCACACAUUUCUCAUACACACUCAGGCGCAGAGCCUAGACGACCAACUCAUUGGCAUGGCUUCAGUUAUUUUUGGCGCUUGACUCAGGAUUUUAAAAAAAACUGGAACGAUGAAGGAGACAGUAAUGUUUGGCUAGGUUUAAAAAAAAAAAAAAAAAAAAAAAAAAAAAAUACACCCCAGGGUUCUGCAGUUGUGUCUGGGGACUUAAAAAAAAUUGUACAUUUUGUUUUCUUUUUUUUUUUUUUUUUUUUUUUUUUUUUUCUUUUGAGUCAUUCCAAAUGUUUGUUAACUGCAUUGUUCAGACACAUGAUUCCAAAUGUUAACUGCAUUGUUCAGACACGUAUUCGCCUCUGUGAAGGCUGCCCAGUGGUUGGCGCAUACUUAAACAUGGUUGUAGUAUCGCUUGUAUGUAAAUUAUGUCUGGGUUUUUUGUACUUUCAGCCUUAAAAAUAUCUUGGUCCUGUUAAUUUUUUUUGUUUUUGUUAUGCAAAACCCAAUCGUGACCUCUUCUUCCCCCUGAUGGAGGUUUCAUCCCCGGGGUGGUGGGGCAAGGGGUCUUGAAGUGAUGGGGUAACAUGGGGUGCCAGACCGGUGGGGCCAACCUGUACACUGACUAAACAAUCCCAAUAAAGUGCACAUGUGUUCCGACAUGA